AUGCCUGGUACAUACACAUGAAUUGCAAGAUCAUACAAUUCAUGCAUAUUGUAGCAGUCACGCAUUUUCGGCCUUUGCCAGUUCAGAUCCUUCUGGUUGGUGUGUAGAUUAUAAUUUAUCAGCACUAUGAAACACCUGAUCUAGUGUUGCAAACAUAACACCGAAUUUUGGUUUCAGCAGCAACAGGUUUAUAAAAGAACUGUUUGAUUCUUGUUUUUCUCUGGAUGGAUAUAUGGUUCAGAUAAGAGUUUGGAAUGCUGGAUGGUCAAUGCAUUCAGGAACUGAGCGAUAGAAAGAAAAGGGAAAGCGUGUCCAGGCUCCAAUCAUGAGAUAAUGCCUGUGCCAUCCGGAAAAUGAGCUGCUUUUGCUGAAAAGGUGGCAAUCGCACCAUCCGAGAUGGCCUGCCACUGGAGUUCCAGAAAUCAAGAGAGAUAUAAGGAGGACAACAAGCAAGAAAACAUGACUAGUCGGUUUUGAAGAGUAACUUCUUUUAACUUUUGUAGAAAAGUGGCCCCUGAAUCUCUCUCCCUCAAAGAAUCUGUCAUAUAGAGGAAAAGGAACCCGUUUAACUUUUUUCCUGAAAAUAGAGAUGAGAGCAAAGAUGGAAACAGGGAAGCCGCUCUUGAGAUUGCUACUUCUGUAUACGAUCACUGUCUCCGUUCUGGUAAUAUCUCCAACCUGUGCCGGCGCACCGCUGCAAUAUUCUACCAUGUUCGUGUUUGGAGACUCUCUGGUGGAUGAUGGAAAUAACAAUUACUUGAGCUCUUUAGCUAAAGCCAACUACCUGCCCUAUGGUGUUGAUUUCUUUGGAGGUCCAAGUGGGAGGUUCUGCAAUGGGAAAACCAUUAUCGACUUCCUCGGAGAGCUACUUGGCCUUCCAUAUCUUCCACCCUAUGUGAAUACGAUUGGGAACGACAGAAGCAUAUUAAGAGGAGUGAAUUUUGCAUCAGCUGCUGCCGGCAUCCUUGAUGUAUCAGGAAGCCAGCUAGGCGAUCGGUUUACCCUAAACCAGCAGAUAGCAAACUUUGAGAACACGGUGAACCAGCUGAAGAACCCAAUGGAAGAAAAGGAAUUGAGGGAAUUCCUUGCAAAGUCUUUGGUGGUGAUGAACAUUGGAAGCAAUGACUAUCUAAACAAUUACCUGCUGCCUUCUAUCUACCCGACUAGCUCCAUUUACAACCCAAGGGAGUUUGCCGACCUUCUCAUCAGAAACUACACGGCCCAAAUCCUGAUGUUGCAUGGCUUAGGAGUGAGGAAGUUCUUGAUAGGAGCAGUGGGGCCGCUUGGGUGUAUGCCGAACCAAAUAGCGAGAGUAGAUCCGCCUCCACCUCCUGGGAAGUGCGUGACUGAUGUGAACGAACUGGUCAGCUUAUUCAAUACCAGGCUGGUUUCUCUUGUGGAUCAACUCAAUUCCAGAAUCAGCAUCUUAGGAGCCGUCUUUGUCUACGGCAACACCUUUGAUCUUUUUACCAGUAUACUCAAUAGAGCCGAAUCUUACGGGUUUAAGGUGGUGGACAGAGGAUGCUGUGGGAUAGGGAGGAACCGCGGUCAAAUUACAUGCCUGCCUCUGGCCUUCCCCUGCUUGAACCGGGACGAGUACGUGUUCUGGGAUGCCUUCCACCCGACGCAAGCCUUCAAUAAGAUCAUCGCCCAGAGGGUUUACAGCGGGCCCACAUCCGACUGCUACCCCAUGAACCUCCAUCAGAUGGCACAACUUUGAUCGUGAUCAAUCAUCUUACACUUUGCUGAUUGAUGGUUGAUGAUUGAUGAUACAAUAUCAUCUUAUUAUAUGCUUUCUCUUAAGAAUAGCCCUUUGAGAGAUGUACAAGAACAUCCGAUAUGAGCAAUGUCAAUAGCUUCAUGAUCUGA